CAGCUUUAUUACGCAUAAUAACUUAUCUGGAAAAUAUGUGUCAAGCCGUGCCGAAUGUCGGGAAAUGAAGCUGACAAACCUCACGAGUGCGCUUGAAUGCCAAAAGAUACGCAAACAUAUAGGCUUUAUUGACUAGAAUGUCUCCUUCAAGACUAUACUUGGCAUCUGUCAUGCCUCCUCUGCCUUUAAGCUCUUUCAAUGUCUCAAGCAACUUCUGCACGGAAGAGAAUAUCUCUGAGUGCAUUCUAUACAUCAAUCAGGAGUUGUCUUCCCUGUGCUUUCCACCAAUUUUCCGAAACUCAGACAACAUCCGUGAUCUGGAUGCUGCGGUUGCCCUAAACAACAUAUAUGACUUGCUUCAGCUACACCGUCGAGCUGUUGGAAUGAUGGAGGAGCUGGAGGUGGAGCAGCUCAAGUCCAGCAGUGACCUCCACUACCAACAUCUCACCAACUCCAGGCUAAAGGACCAGCUUGAACUUUCGAAGAAGGAAAACAUGCGCUUGCACGAGCGAGAACGUCAGCUGGAAACAAGUUUAAAGACUUUGCAAAACUGCCUAAAAGAUGCAAAAGAAGACGUACAAAGGCUGCAGGGUAUCAUUACAAGUCGUGCCACACAAUACAACCAUGACAUUAAGAGAAGAGAAAGGGAGCACAACAGAGUAAAGGAGCGCCUCAAUCAACUACUCAUUGCCAAAAAGGAAAAUAAACAAGGAAUGGAAGUUUUGAAUUAUGUUGGAAGGUCAGAUGGGAGGAGAUGUCUUUGGAAAACUGGAAAAACUGAAUCCAGACACGAGGGAGAGAUGUACAAAACUCUACUCAAUGAAUUUGAUAACCGUCAGAGGGAGCUAAUGGUGGAAAACAUAGAGCUAAAGAAGGUGCUUCAACAAAUGAAACGCGAGAUGGUUGGGGUUUUAAAUUCAAAGAAGACGUGCCAAAAGGAAGAGAAACAAAGCAAUAACAUGGAUCAGUUGACUCUGCAGACAAAUUCAGAUGACGAAGAACCCUUGAAAGGACCUCAUGAGAUGUCAUGUGAUCAUGCUCGGGAGAAACUCACCAACAGCAUUCGUCAGCAGUGGAGGAAACUCAAACACCACGUGGAAAGACUGGACAGCCAAGCAUCCAUGGUGCGAGAUGGAGACAGUGAAGAGAUGAUCUCCAAACAACUCUAUGAAGAUGAGACAGAGAGGCUCAAGCUGGAAAUCCAGCAGUGCAAAGAGUUUAUUCAGACUCAACAACAACUUCUGCAACAACAGCUCAACACAUCCUGUGAUGAGGAGACCGCAGCCAUUCUGAAUGACUCCUACAUGCUGGAAGAGAAGGAACGCUUGAAAGAAGAGUGGCGAGUGUUUGAAGAACAGAGGAAAAACUUUGAAAUCGAAAGGAGAAAUUUUACAGAGGCUGCCGUCAGAUUGGGCCACGAGAGAAAGUGUUUUGAGGACGAUCGUGCAGUGUGGCUCAAACAUCAGUUUCUGAACACAACAUUUGCAGACCAAAUGAAACCACAAAGUCGCAGGACUGAUGAAUUUUCAAAGCACUCUGGUCAUGAAGAGAAACUCAUUUCGAUUUCUGGUAAAGUCAGCAAAUCUCAUCUUUAGUCUAUCCACACCCAUGGAACUGCUUGCAGAUGAACCUACAUUUUCUUCCAACACCAGAAGUGAGACGGCUGGAAUGAGUUAUGAGUUUGAAUGUGA